ACAGAGCCAGAUGACCCAAUUUACAAAUUGCAAAAAGCAAUUGGGAACGUGAGAGGAUCAGAUGGAGCUACGCAAGCUCUAACUGGGCUAAAGGAGCAGUGGAACAAGAUCCCAUUUAGGGAUAGACUAGCCGUAACGAUGACUCUACAAGUCGCAAGCAGACAAAUUGGAAACUUUGCCAACGCGGGAGAUGAUCCCAUUGGUGCAAUACAAGGAGCAGCAAUUAUGGUUGGACAGUUUGGAGCACUUUUAGGUCCAGGCGGACAAGCUGCUGCCAUAGCCUUGAGCUUCGUUUCCGGGUUUCUUAGUCUUUUUGGAAAGGGAGGAAAAGAACAGAAAUCUAUCGGGCAAAUUGUACGAGACGAGAUAGAUGAAGCAUUGGCUGCGUUUUCUGAGCAAACCCUCACUAACCAGGCGAGUGGCGUCGUUAGAGCGUUCACAGUUUCCAAGGCAUAUGCUGAUAGCCUUGCUGGGUCAGGCAAGAAGCUUACUGUUAACCAAGCAAAAUCAUUACAGGUGAAUGUGCCACUGUUUCAUGGCAUGCCAUUCAUGGGAACAUUGGCAUCUGAAAUAGAACGACUUCUUAACGCCAACGAGGUGGACGACGCCAAAAAGACAUUGAAAUACAUUGAGUUGUAUGUAAAGAUGGCAGUUUUAAAGGAUAUGAUUAUGCAGGAGGUGGCCUCUUUGUUACCAGAGGAGCUUGAACCCAACCGACAAGCGCUGCUCAAGUCUCAAGAAAGACUACGCCUUCAGCAUAGGGAGCUCAUAAGAUUCCUUCGUGAUGGUGUUGUCGGUAUGGUAGCUUUGGGUUACUUCGAUCCCGAUGUUUACCCAAUCACAGAUUCCUAUUUGACCUCCGUAUUGAAAUUACCAGAUUACGAUCGCUCUUUGGCCGGUUCAAAAUGGUGUCUGACUCCACACAUUCCCUGUCAAAAGCUUUUACCAAUAUCCCGUCAUUCCUAUGGUAUUGACAAAGACGAAGUAAGAUUGAAGAUGGAUCCUUACUACGUAUCUAGACCUUCAAGCGAAAGCAGCUGCAUCUGGAAACUUAUCCCUCAUGGAAACAAUCUCUAUACUGUUGAGAUUGGAGAUGAUAAAUACCUGUCAUUGGACUCUGAAUCUGAGGGGAAAGUGGUAACGUCGGCCAAGGCGGAUCUUUGGGAGAUCGACGGUGCUCAUAAGAAGAGGUAUGAGUUUCUUAUUUUUCCUAUGUCAUAAUCUUUACGUUUUUUAGUGUUUCCUUUUUUUCUGUCACCGUACAAAACACUGAAUGAAUGUAUUAAGUCAACUAAUUUAAGUUAAAUCUAAAAUAUGUGAUGGUAUUGGGGUGGUGGUGGAGGGAGAACAAUAGAAAUGUGAUGGUGAUGGUGGUAGAGCAAAAAAAGGAGGAAUGUAGAAGGAAAAAAGGAGGUGGAAAAGUGAAAAAUUGUUUUUGGUGAAAGAUUUGCGGGCCAAGAAUCAGUGAGCCUGAAUUGGAAAUGAAAGCGGCAGGGAAAAAAACCUGCACAUAUCCAAUGCACCUAUCAAUGUAAAGCCGGCAAGGGGGGGGCGGGGGGGAAGUAGGGCAUGGGGUAGGGAUUUGACAUUUUCCAAAAGUGUGGAGUCAAAUUCCCCGCCCACGGGCAAAUCAUUCCAGUCAGAUGCAACCAAAUUCCAUCACCCCGGGCUGCACAUUACGCUGCCANCAAAAAUCCCCCCACCGAGCGCAAGAAAAAAAGGAACAACCCCCCCCCCCGGGGAAACAAGGGCACACCAAUGCCCCUCCCCCGGCCCCCCCACACACACCCAACCCCCCCCCCCCGCCCCGCCCCCCCCCCCCCCUCCCGCCGGCAUAACAUUGAUAGGUGCAUUACCUUACGACUCAGAGAUUUUUUUUCACAGGCGAGUUAGUGCUUUUCCUUCCAUAAAUAAGUCAUACUCUUACUUCUGAUUUUGGCAAACCUAGGCAAGGCUUUAAUUUUUUUGUUGUUGUAAGGUUGUCACGUGAAAGUAUUGUCAUGAAAAGAAAUUACUAACACGUGACCUUAUCGUAAUGAGAAUCCUCCAUAUUUAACGUUGCAACUUUAGGAAAUGCCAAUCAGCCAUUUGUUUUUAUAUCGGGUAGACUUAGUUAUAGCGUUUGCCACAAGUACACAAGUUUCCUCUUCUUGUGAUGAAAUGUCACUUUAAUUUUGUUAGGAAUCUUAAGUUUUCUUUGUUGAUGGAAAAUAAUAGUUUCGAGUUGUACUAGUUUAUAGAGUUCUACUUGUGUAAAUAUAACAGACUGAUAUCACGUUUGCCUUGGUCGCGUGUAGCAAUUGCUCACAACAAUUAGAGCGUAAUUAAAAAUCAUCAGAGGGUGCAUGUGUUGUAGCCAGCCUUCAGAAUGGUUCAAGUUAUCAUAAGAAGAAAAUUCAAGCUGAAGCCACCUGAAACUAGCUAGAAUACGAUCUAAAGCAUUGUCAUCAAGGAUGCAUCGGAUAAUAAGUUAAUAUUUACAUGUAGAUAAAAGGGCUGCGGAGAGAGCAUAGAGAGCAUGCAUUUUUCUAACAUCUACCUUUGUUGAGACCUUCAUAUCCUCGAUAAUUACAUAAUAAUAUAAUUAUAUUUGUCUCUUACUUUAACAUUUUGAUUGCUUUCACAAAUUAGAAAUUGCAUCAUAACACAAUCUCGGUGGAAAUUUUUUCUUUAGAAAUAUAUCUUUUAUAAAACAGAAUCCGUUAUAAAUGGGGGAGCGAGGAGAAUGAGCAGUGGACCAACAUGCAGCUAGAACCUGAAAUGGGAAAGAUUUCUACGUCACUGUUCACUUCUGUUGGAAAAGUGAUAUUUAGAUUGACAAGUACCGACGUUGGAUAUGUUUGGUCCAUUACAAAGGUAUGUCGUCUAAAGAAACUAAGGAGGAAACGAUCUAACGACCGUCGAAAGGCCUACUUUUUUACUCUAACAAGUUUUUUGGGAAGUUGGUUCAGCGGUUUCAUUUAAGCGUAAUGUCUACUGCUUGAUCUGUAUCUCAGGUGAUCGCGAAAUUAAAAGGCUGGCAAUUUCUCAGUUGUUUACCAACAACGAAAAAAUCUCUUCCAGCUAGUGUUGUAAUAGGGUCCAUAAACUUUAUACCGCUUGUAUUUCCAUAAAAACAUAAAAAAAUAAAAAUUAAAAAUAAAACUAAAGUUUGGGAAGCAUAAGACGUAAUUAAAAACUGACAAGUAUCAUUUGUUGGCAUGUCACAGGCUUUUCGUGAGAGCUGGCUAUAAUAACUUCCAAUUUGCCAAACUGCCAGUGAAUCUGGAUGAGGGAAAGGUUGAUAAUUUACUAUUUAUACUUGUAGGGAGUCAUGAACGGUUAUGCGGGCUACAAAAAUGAAGAAAAUGAAGAAGCUGAAUAA